AAUAGAGGACGACGAGCAGAGGAGCGGCGAGAAAAACCGACCACCAAACAGUCGGUCUUGUUAAAAUCAGGGGAAUUAUAUAAACAUCAGGGUAUAAUUCCACAUAAAACACCGGGGAGAGAAAGAAGUCAGAAUGGCGGUGCUGUGGGUGUUUAGUGCUGUUUUAUUGUGUUUUCAGCAGGCCUUUGCAGGAGCAGCUGGCUUUAUAAAGUCGCCCAUGUCUCAGUUAAGGCUGGUAGGUGACAGUGCUGUUAUGCACUGUGAGGUGGUAGGAAACCCCAUCCCAGAGGUCCAGUGGUGGUUUAUAGAGGGCGAUGAACCUAAUGAAACCGCCUCUCAGCUCUUUGAUGGAGCUCGAGUUGGCUACGUGCACAUCAACACCACCUACAUCCAGCAUGGUGCCAGCACACUACACCUCAUCGACCUUACGCUCAACGACACGGGGGUUUACGAAUGCCGCGCCUCCAACGACCCUGACCGCAACGCUUUGAGGACACGGCCCAAAAUCAAGUGGAUCCGUUCACAGGCCAAUGUUAUUGUUUUUGAAAAGCCUGUGAUUCUUAAAAACCCAACAGAGGUGAGCAACAAGACUAUGGCCACGCUUAGCUGCAACCUCACCAACACAGAAACUCCAAUCAAAAGCCACCACUGGAUGAAAAAUGGCAAGACAAUUGAGAACACCAAGAAGGAUAGCGACGCACUCUACACUGAGUACAUUGUUUCGAAGAUUGAAUCCAACUCUGGAGUGUAUACCUGUGUCUUCUCGUUUGAUGCAGGGGAAUUCAAAGAGAACAUUGACGUCAAGAGUUCUCCUCAUGUUACAACCCAUAAGCACUCGGAGAACAGUAAUGAAAACGAUAAAGCUGUGCUGGUGUGCGAGAGCCACAGCUACCCCCUGCCCACUGACUGGGCCUGGAAAAAGAUUACUGACUCCGAGAGCACGGCCAUCAGCAAUGGCACUGACAGGUAUACGAUCAAGAGCACACCUAACAAUUCCACGCUGAUCAUCGACAACCUGGAGGGCGAUGACGCCGGAGACUACGAGUGCUUCGGGUCUAAUGACCUGGGCCAGCAUUCCCUCAAGAUCCACCUGCGUGUGCGCAGUCGUCUGGCUGCCCUCUGGCCUUUCCUGGGCAUUGUGGCUGAGGUCAUUAUUCUGGUCACAGUCAUUUUCAUUUACGAGAAGAGGAGAAAGCCUGAUGAGAUUACCGACGAUGACGACUCAGGAGCCGCCCCUUUGAAAAGCAACUCUGCUACAAACCACAAAGAUAAGAACGUGCGACAAAGGAACUCCAACUAAGAAAGGAGAGCGAUUUAUGUUUCUCUUUCCUGUCCAGGUAUCCUGCUGACUACUAAUCAAGAUAUUAGAAAAGCAUGAAGCUGCCAUGUGGCACAUUAGCUAGUGCGCCCUGCAUUCUCUAAAUAAACUUUUUUUUUUUUUUUUUUUUUUUUUUUUUUUUUUUUGCUUAAGUGUAAGUGUCUUGGAAUAUCGAUUGCUCUCCUUCUUUUUUCCAGUAUUCCUCACUGUACCGUGCUACCAGCAAGUGUGUUCUUAAAGCGGGUUUGGAGAGGGAGGGGGGGAGCAUUGCAUGAUUGUAAUCUUGCUGUAGAUGUGCGUCAUUGUGAAGUCCUUUUGAUGUGGGAAUAUGCAGUUGAUUGUUUUCUUUGAUGGUCACUUUCUUUACUGUGCCACACCACUGGCUUUAGCACAGGUGUCAAGCUGGUUUUAAACAACAGUCUGCAUCCCCUAUUGUUUUUAAAUAAAAUAAAGAAACUCCACCCUGUUUUCACAAUCGAUUUAAAAUGUUGCGUACUUUGCAAAACGUCCAAUAUGUAAAAAAUAGUAAUAAAUAGUGGGCCAGUACAUCAGCACUGUUACAGAAGGUUGUCUGAAAGAUAUUGUUCAUACCUUAAACAAUUUAGAUAUUUUUUACCGAAAAACAACAACAAUGCAACACGCUUAACCCAGCCCAAAACACUCUAAAUCCUGCUUGCUGAAGCCGCUUAAAUGCAGCACAAGUCAAAUAGUAUAUGUUUUAUUCAUGUGAUCACUGCUGAAUUCAUGUAUAAUUAAAGGUUUCCGUGUGCAGAUUAUUGAACAAUAUUAAGUAACAUUAGUUAUUAAUUUUGUAUUCUAACAUUUUAAAAUCCUAUAUGACUGAUGUACCAUGUUUGGCAGCAUAGAAUUUGUAAAGAGUGUCUCCAGCUUUUUGAUUUGUAUAUUACUACAGUAAAGUAAAAUGGCUUGAUUGAUUUUUCUUACAUCUUUAGUUUAGUUUUGGCAGGGUUUUUUUCCGUAAGCCUUAAUCUCGUUUGGUGUUUAAGCUUUUUUUAGUUGUAGACAUUAAUGCAGUACACAGUCACAUGCCAUUUUUGCAGUAUAUUGUACUGACACAGACUGCAGAAUUCCACUUCUGUUUGCUAAGUGUCGUCCUAGAAAAAUGUUUUAAACAAGGAGAAUUAAAUAUAUAAACCAGUUUACAACAGAUUACAACAGAUCUCUCACUGGUAUUAACAGUAAAACAUCUUUGAGGACCAAGUAUGUAAAAUACAGCAUUUGAUACACUAACUAACUGACCAGUGCUAAACCAGAACACUUUAUUAAAUUUCUAUUCAUGAAAAAAGGUCUCAUUCAGUGGAUUUUUUACACUAUUAUUUAGUUUAGUGACUUAAUGUGUGCAGUUUAUAUUAAAGGCAUGUUACAUAUUAGGAACUUAAUAUAAAUGUGAAAAUUAUUUUUACCUUAGCAACAUUAACAUUCACCUGUAUUGACAUGCACAUUUAAUAAAGGUAUUUGGUUUGAUUUAAUUAUU